AUCAUCAUUGUAAGUACAGAGUUCGUGAAGAGAAGCAAAAUAUCGUUCACAAUGUCAUCCAAGGCGCUUUUCCUCGUAGCAUUUGUGGUUGCAUCCCUAAUUCUAGUCGCGACAGCAAACGACGACGAACUCAAACUGACGGAAAUCGAAAGUCCCGAGUUCAAAAAACCAGCAAAAGUUAGCUCAUUGGGGGAGCUUGAGGGACCGGAUCCCGACAAACCAGAAGGACCGAUACAAAACAGACCGAAACCGAAAGAUCCCAAGCCUGAAGCGGGCCUUUCCGAAAGUCAUGCGGAAGUACAUGAAUCAAACACUGAUGUCGAAACAGAACAACAGCACGUAGAAACACCACAAUGAAUGAAGGAAAUGCAUAUGUAUCAAUGAAAGAACCCAAUAAAGAAGUAAAGACCCGGCUAUAUAUAGUAAUUAAUAAAGAGCACCUUUCUGCACCGCAUU